GUUGCGAGCCUUCCUGCGCAUCCCCGGCCAGCGGCCGCGCACGGCGGUCUGCCGCCAUGCUGGCCCGCAGGUGCUGACCGCGCUCCGGGCCGGCGUUGCAAUGGAGACGCGGAACGGGCCUCCCGGGCCCUACCGGGCCACCAAGCUGUGGAAUGAAGUUACCUUAUCUUUUCGAGCAGGAAUGCCUCUAAGAAAACACAGACAACAUUUUAAAAAACAUGGCAAUUGCUUCACAGCUGGAGAAGCAGUGGACUGGCUUUAUGAUUUGCUAAGAAAUAAUAGCAACUUUGGGCCUGAAGUUACAAGGCAGCAAACUAUCCAGCUUUUGAGAAAAUUUCUAAAGAAUCAUGUAAUUGAAGACAUCAAAGGCAGAUGGGGGUCAGAAAAUUUGGAUGACAACAAUCAGCUUUUCAGAUUUCCUGCAAACUCUCCACUUAAAGCUAUUCCACGAAGGUAUCCAGAAUUGAGAAAAAACAGCACAGAGAACUUUUCCAAAGAUAAAGAUAGUGUUUUUAAAUUACGAAACUUGUCUCGCAGAACUCCUAAAAAACUUGGAUUACAUUUCUCUCAGGAAAAUAUGGAGAAAAUGGACUGUGAAGUAGUCAAUGAUGAUCAAGAAAACUCCAUGGAUAAUAGAGAAAUAAGCCAAGAAGAUGUGGAAGAAGUCUGGAGACACAGUAUUCUGACCUACCUGCAAACAAUUUUAGCCAUGUCAUCCUUAGAAGAAAUCAUAAGUCCAGAACAAGUGAUCCCUCAAUAUGCGAUAUACAACAUGAACAAUAUAAGUAAACACGGAGUGGUUAUUCUACAAGACAAAUCAGAUGACCUACCUCACUGGGUGUUGUCUGCCAUGAAAUGCCUUGCAAAUUGGCCGAGAAGUAAUGAUUUAAAUAAUCCAACUUAUGUUGGGUUUGAACGAGAUGUGUUCCGAACAAUUGCAGACUACUUUCUAGAUCUCCCCGAGCCUCUGCUUACUUUUGAAUUCUAUGAAUUAUUUGUGAACAUUUUGGUUGUUUGUGGCUACGUCACAGUUUCAGGUAGACCUAGUGGAAUUCAUAAAACCCAGGAUGAUCCCCGGUCUUCAAAACUCCUUCACUUAAACUGUUUGAACUCCUUCAAGUCAACUGAAUGUCUUCUUCUCAGCCUGCUUCAUAAAGACAAAGAAGAACCAGGCACUACUGAAAGACUGCAAGUAAACAGUCAAACAUUUCAAGAAAAAUCUACUGAGAAAAUACAGCAAGAUAGUUUAAAAAACAGAAGAACCAGUGCUAAAUGCAUGAUGGGAGGAAGUUGUUAUAAUUUAAUGGGCUUGAGUAGUACGCAUGUUCUGUCUUCUAACAUCAAAUCGAAAUGCUACUCUUUAGAAGGAAUUGUAGAUGUCCCUGGGACUUCAAGUAAAGUGGCCUUCCAUCAGCCUGUUCCAAAUGCAGAACAAAAUGAUAAACAACUUUUAGAGUCUAAGAUCACUCAAGAAUCCCUACUGAAUCUUCGUUCAGAGGAAAGUGCUGAGAAGCCAGUCUGUGUUGAUUUUAAGAGAACCCCUACACCAGAUGCUCAAAAACAAGAAAAAUUACAUGAUGGGAAGUCAACACAGCUCUACAGAUCUCAGAGCUUACUUUUAAGAAGUAGUACAAAAAAGAACAGUUACAUCAAUAAGCCAGUGGCUGAAAUAAUCAUGAAACCCAGUCUUGGGCAUGGCGGUAUAGGUGUGCCAACAACUAUGGAAAGUGAAUUCCAGGAGUGUACUAACACAAUCAGUAAAAGACUCUGCAAAAGUGCCCUAGAACUUUCAGCAAAUUCCUUACCUCCCGCUGCUUCUGUGUUGACUGGCCCACAAAAUCUGCUGCAACCUCACUUAGAGAGAGUUGCCAUUGAUGCGCUGCAGCUGUGUUGUUUGUUACUUCCGCCACCAAAUCGUAGAAAACUUCAGCUUUUAAUGCGCAUGAUUUCUCGAAUGAGUCAGAAUGUUGAUAUGCCCCGACUUCAUGAUGCCAUGGGCACCAGAUCACUGAUGAUACACACAUUUUCACGAUGUGUGCUAUGCUGUGCUGAAGAAGUGGACCUUGAUGAGCUUCUUGCUGCAAGAUUAGUUUCAUUCUUAAUGGACCAUCAUCAGGAAAUUCUGCAAGUACCCUCCUACUUGCAGACUGCAGUGGAGAGUCAUCUUGACUACCUAAAAAAGGGCCGUAUCAAAGACCCUGGAGAUGAACUAAUCGCUCCCUUGCCAACAUAUUCCUACUGUAUGCAGAUUAGUGCUAAGGAGUUUGAUGAGCAAAAGGUCUCUACCUCUCAAGCUGCACUUUCAGAACUUUUAGAGAAUAUUAUUAAAAACAAGAGUCUGCCUUUAAAGGAGAAAAAGAAGAAACUAAAACAGUUUCAGAAAGAAUAUCCCUUAAUAUAUCAGAAAAGGUUUCCAACUACCGAAAGUGAAGCAGCACUUUUUGGUGACAAACCUACAAUCAAGCAACCAAUACUAAUGUUGAAAAAACCAAAGUUUCGUAGCCUGAGGUACUAGCUGAAUUAAAAAUUAAUGUAAGACUUGUUAAACUAGUAAAUUAAGCCAUAUAUCAGAACCCUACAACUUAAAAAAAAAAGUAGUAUUUAAUAGUAAUAUUUGUAGAAGGAGAACCUAUAAGAAGAUACCAAAAGUUUGGAGUUUUUUUGUUUGUUUGUUUUUGUUUGCUUGUUUUUACCUCCAGGCUUAUUGUUGGGGCUUAGUUCCGGCACUAUGAAUCUACUCCACCUGACAGCCAUUUUUCAUUUAUGUUGUACAGGACUGAGAGAAAUUGAGAGGGAAGGAGGAGAUAGAAAGAGAGCCGCCUACGUGAUCCCCCUCCCCCCCACACACACACACCAUAGGUGGGAAUCAGGCUCAAACCAGGAUCCUUGAGCAGGUCCUUGUUCUUGGUACUACGUGCGUUUCAGCAGGUGCACCACUGACGGCCCCCGCCAAAAUAAGUUUAGUCGAUGUGAAAUUAGUAUUUCUAAAGUAAGCAAACAACGGUAAGUGAAAGCAGAUUCUUUUAACCAGGAACAGUAUCCUGUUUCUUCUACAGUUAUCUGGAGGAUCCUAACUGAAAAUGUGCCAAAGUUCAACUUACUUUUAAAAAGUGAUGUAUUCCUCAGACUAAGCUAUCCUUUCAUUUUUAAAAACAGUUUUUAUCUGGGGGGCCAGGUGGUGGCACACCUGGUAGAGUGCACAUGUUACAGUGCUCAAGGACCCAGGUUCCAGCCUCCAGUCCCCACCUAUAGGGGGAAAGCUUUGCAAGUGGUAAAGUAGGGCCUCUCUGUCUCUUUCCCUCUCUGUCUCCCUCUUCCUCUCGAUUUCUGGCAGUCUCUAUCCAAUAAAUAAAUAAAGAUAAUUAAAAAAUUUAAAAAAAAAAACAAUUCUUAUCUGCACAUAUGCUUAUGGAUAUUAGCUAAAAAAAACUAGUCGUUUAGGAUUCUACUUUUUUGUAUGUGAGAAAUAUGGAGUGUAUCUGAAAACUCGGUCUAUUUUGAGUUGUACUCUUGUAAUUUUUUUUUGUCUUUGACACACACACAUAUAUAUAUAUUUUUGAAUAUAUAUUGUAAAGCUUUGGUUUACAUUAAACAUAAAGCACCAUUCUUUUUUUUUUUCAGUAAGUACAUUUUACUUCUUAAUCACGAUUCUACUAGAAGAUUAAAAUUGUAAGACAAUCAUGAUUUCCUUCAAGAGAUAUUUAUUUAGCAAGUACUAUGCGCCUUUUAUUGUAGAUGUGAAGACAGUGAUAAAUACAUCAAGAUUUUGUCCCUAAUUUAUUUUCUAGAUGCUUAAAAAUUAUCAGAUACUUAAAAUAACAAAUACACCUCUGAAAUGAAGUCCUGGGAUGUCUUCAUGAAAGACUUGACUUUUCUGUUUCUAGCACAGUUCUCUAAGCAACUGUCUUUCAAAUGUUGCUAUCCUAAUAAUUUAAUUUAGAGAGCUUUAAAAGCAAACUAUGCUCAUAUCCUGUCUUAUUCCUCUUAAGUGUGAAGUUUGAGAUACGGUAUGUUUGCAACAGUGUUCUUUAGACUGAUUUGAGUGUUUGAUCUAUUUUAGACUCAAGUAACCUAAAUUCUUUGUAUAAACAUUUGUAAAUGUCAGCAUUGUAGCUCACAAGCUUCAUUUCAUUAGACAUUAAGUGUCUGUCUUCUUAAUAUAAGGUCCUCUAAUUUCUGCUUGAUUGAUUUGGGACAGAGUUGAAGCAGUUUGUCUCCUGUAAUUUACUAAGAUUUUUUCCUAUCCGUCCCUUAUGUAGGAAGACAUACCCAAUGCCUUGUACAUAAUAAAUAUUUGAUAUUUAACAUCUCUUCUUAGCUGUCAAUGUGAUGCCUUACUGUUUUGCUUUAAAAUGACAAUGUUCUGUUUAAAAAGACUGUUCUCCACAUGUUUUUUAGAGGGACUGUACCAGUUUGCAGUCCCACCAACAGAGUAAGAGUAACGGAAUUCCAUUUUUCACCACAGCCUUGCCAACAACUGCUGUUGUUUUCAAUCUUCUUGAUGUAGGUCAGUCAUACCUUUGUACCAUGACACCUCUUUAAGAUUUUUAAUUUUCAUUUCUCUAAUUAAUCGAUGCUUUUGAGUGUUUCUUAUGCCUAUGGGUUAUCUGUAUAUUGGGAGAAUGGCCUUUCAAGGUCCUGUACCCACUUUUUAUUUUACUGGGUUGCUUGAUUUUUAUUGUCGUUGUUGUUGAGUAUAUGGUUUACUUCCAUGCUUUUCCAUUAGCCCUAUGGCAAAUAUAUGAUGUGCGAAAUAUU